AUGUUUCGGAGCGAAUUAUUCUCUACGUUUGAUUUAGCAAGGUACAAGCUUCUUGCUAUCAAGCGACAAGAAGGAAUCGAAGAAUUUUGUAAAGGAGAACCAAGCAUUUCUGUUAAACACCAUUUAAUCGACGGAAAAAUUGAAGCCUACGAAAUGCCUCUCAACCAUCAUUCACUGGUACAAGGAGAAUUGAUUUAUAUAAUGAGAAGCUGGAGUAAUCAGUUGCUAGCUAUGAGUGAAACAGAUAUUAUCGUAAAUGCGAAUACGCAAGCAGUAAAUUCAACGGGAAACCCGCAUCCAACUCUGGUGGCGGAAAUUGGAAGUACCGAAAGUUUAAAUCAUAUGCAUGAUAGAGUAGCAAGAUAUUUUUCCCAACGUACCACCAUUCAAAUUUAUAUUGCUAUCAAAUUAUUUCCUAAAUGUCGGGGCGAAACUUUUGUGCUUCUUGCAUUGCUUUACUUGCGUAGCAAUCAAAAUCCAACCAUACCUUCAAUUGCAAGUUCUUUCGGAACAGCAAAUCUUCACCCUAGCACACGAACAUAUCUUCAAAAUACUGUACAAGCAACCAUUACUGAUAUUCCGACUGUAUCACUUUUUGAUGAUGUUCCUGGCAAUCCUAGUGGUGUACCCGUUAACUUUCAUAUAGAUCUAUGGACAUUACAAAACCGCUUUUCAGCGGGUCUAUAA